AUGGCCUCCCUCCUCAAUCAGCUUCGUGGCUUGACCACAGUCGACUGUGACACUCUCGACGCCCAUGGUGAGCAACACAAUACGGCUAUCUCCGCCGAAAACAAAGCCAUUGUUCUUGCUGAAAUUACCAAACUUGACGCCAAUGGAAAGCUCAUCUACCAAACUUUGAUCGACGAGAUCAUUCCCAUCGCCCACUGGAUGUUUGGCAACCAGACCGAUGCCACGGUAGAAGAGCUUGCCUCCGAGCUGCUGGCCGUUGGCCUCGCCCUGCGCUUCAUUCCCCAUCUGAACGGCUUCAUUCACAUCCAGACCAACCCAAAGUGGUGUUAUUCCACCGAGAAAACUGUCAAGAACGCCGAGAGAAUCGUCGCCCACCUUAAACACCUCGCCCCCGACUUCGAUACCUCGCGCAUAUGCAUCAAGAUCCCCGCCACCUGGGAAGGCCUCCAAGCCUGCCGCGAGCUCGAGCGUCGGCACUCCAUCGCCACUCUAGCUACCAUCGUCUUCAGCAUGGAGCAAGUCGCCCUCGCCGUCGACGCCGGCUGCCGCUACGUGGCGCCCUACGUCAACGAGCUGCGCGUGCACUUUGACGCCACCUACACGGACGCAAACAAGGACCGGGCCGCCCUCUUUUGCGGCGCGGCGCAGCGCUACUGCGACGAAGUUGCUUCCUCUGCUUCUGCCGCGGAAGCCGCGCAUGGGUCCUUGAAUCUGCAGAUGCAGACGCAGGUGCUGGCUGCCUCCUUAACGAGCGUGGAGGAGGUGAUGAGGCUGGCCGGAGCGGUGAAGCACAUCACGGUGAGCCCGCCGCUGUUGAUGGAGCUGGAGGCAACGCCUGCGGCGGGAUGGCCGGGUGCGAGCACGGUCGGGGCUGCGGCAGCGAUUACGGGCUCGAGGGUAAAUGGUGAUGCGGUCAGGUUGAGGGAACUGGUCAGGGACCAGAGUCAGUGGCGGCUGGCAUUCACGAGGGCCGAGGCCGGCGAGAGUGAGAGGAAGUUGGGGCAGGCUAUUGGGAUUUUUUGCGACAUGCAGGAUCAGAUUGAGAGGUUGGUGAGGAGGUGGGAUUUGACGGGGAAGAAGUAUGCGAGAGGCUAA